AUCCGCAGAGCUGCUGUGGAACUACACGACAGUAACUCUAGACCAGUGCGGGGCGCGUAUCGCAGGAUCAGAUCGAGCUCAUUCCGCUCGACCAGCGCGUCAGUGAGUUCCGGUACCUGGCGUGCCUCGACUGGUGGGUUUGGCCGACGGUGCUGCUGAUGCGACUGCCCGUCUUCCUCUCCAUGAUCAUGGCGUUCACGUGCACAAACGUGUUCAUCAACAACUCGUGCGACGCAUCGGUACGGGCGCGCGUGACCAGUCUGGGUCAGAUGUCGGCGGCGGUGGCUCGCAGCGUGGGUCCGCUCAUCUCCAUCCUGUUUGCCUGGAGCACAGACAGCGGGCUGUCGCUGCCGCUCAACUACCACCUGACGUUCUGGGUGGCCGCGCUGAUCACACUGCUCACCAUCCCGGUGUCGCGAAGACUACCAGCCAGCGUGGAGACCACCACCGCCGCCACGCGGAUGGGGUGCGAGGGAAGAACGCCGGCGUCAAGCGAGCGCGGCACGACGGCGAGGGCGGCGGCGGUUGCCAGGCGGCGUCAGUCCACUCUAGACGCAGAGCAAAACGUUCUGCCACACGACGACGGUGACGACGAGGGUGCAGCGAUUGCACUCGACGAGGACGAGGUGGCCGUUUGAAGGACGCUUUCGUGCACGGUUCGUGCGUGUGUGUCGUGUGUUU